CGAUCCCAUAAUGCAAUGCGAUAAUGGCCAUCAUUGGGACAAAACCCUUCUUUGUCUACAAAUCAAAAAUAGAACGUCAAAGCUUUGGUUAAUAAGGUGUCUACAAAUAGGAUUGGCUAAGCAGCCAUGUCAUCCCACAAACAAGAUGAGUUGUGGUGCCAUGACUGUGGGAAGAGUGUACCAGGUAUAUGUAAGAAACAUGGUGGUUUUACACAAGUUUUUGAUAAUGCCAUACCAUCAAGGGCAAGACUUACAUGCCCAGCUGGUCUUGUUAUUAAGCAGGUGAAGACGGAAGAUGGUAAAACAUCUUAUGGUAUCUUUGCUAAAAGAAUAAUACAAUGCAGAUCCCAGUUUGGACCUCUCUAUGGACAAGUUAAAUCUACAGAAAAACAUACUCCAAAGAAAGAGACUACAGAUGUAAGGGGAGAUGAAAAACCACCAAAGGAAACCAUUGAGGAAGGAGCACCCAGUGUUCAACUUAUUGAGCCAGAAAUAACUAACCAAAUUCCACAAAAUAUUCCUCAAAAUUCUCAGCAGCAAGAAGCUGACAUUCAAAGACAAUUAAGCAUUGAAACCCAGCAACAACAACAACAUAUUAACAGUUCUGAAAUGAUCCCACACAAUGACGAUGGACAUUUAUUGUUACAAAACAUUGAUGGGUUUGAUACUGCUAAUAUACAACAACAGUUAGUAUCUCAGCAAUAUUCACAACAAAACAACAAUACUUUUACACUUCAACAUCCUAACAUUGACAAGGCUACACAGAUAAUGAAUAUCCAGAACUGUUUACAUGCUGGUCCUUACGGUGAUGCGGGACUUCAACAUCUAUCUGGUGGCUAUACUCCACAGCAGGCGUUAGAUAUAGUGACAACAUUGUCUGGAGAUACAGCUGCCAGUCAGUUUGAACAGCCACAAUUGUCACAAGACUUAACAUUGCAAGCUUCAAUAGAGGCUGGAAUAACACCAGCUGAUAGUUACGUCAAUGAAGGAUUAACAGAAACACAGCUCUUAGAGCACCAGAUAGCUGUAGCCACACAGGAACUUCAGAAUAUGACUUCUGAUCAGCAACCUUUACCACCAAGUAGUAUGUCGCUCUCUUCACUGGAGAAUACUACUCUACCUUCAACUGAUCACAUGCAACAUAAUACUACUGAGUCAUUACAACAAAACACUGUUCUUGCCUCAACUGAACCUUUACCCACAGUACUAACUAGUGAAUCAGAACAGCGGCCACAAACUAAUGCCAUUGAUGAGCCACUUGCCACAGAAGUUACAAAACAGACAGAUGAAAAGGAAAAAGAAACAGAAGAAAAAGAACUAGAUUAUACAUACGAGAUUAAGAUAUUUAAGGAUGAUGGCUAUGUUGAUAAUAUUGAUAUCUCAGAUGAAGAUAAAUGUAACUGGAUGAUGUUUGUUAGACCUGCCAGAAAUACAGCUGAACAAAAUGUUGUUGUUUAUCAACAAGACGAGCAUAUUUUCUUUGUAUCUAUAAAGCCAAUUCCUUCUAACACUGAGAUAAAAGUUUGGUAUUCUGCUGAGUAUGCCGAGACGAUGGACAAACCACUUCUGUCUGAUCCAGAACCUAUCAUCACAGAGACACCUGAUCAGGAAGCUACAGGUAAACAUGGUGUGGCUGCCAAGUGGGUGUGUUCAGUGUGCUAUGAUGGCUUCAGUGCUUUUGCUGAUCUAGAAGCCCACUUGUGUCCAGGACUACCACCCGACAGUCGUAGAUUGAGAGGUAGACCCAGGAAAGGAAGGCCAAGAAAGUACAUCAAACCAUCAAAAACAUGGAGAGCUAGACUGGAGAAGUCAAGAAUGUUAAAAGCUAAGGUUGUAGACCCUUCACAGUCUCAGCCUCUUCCACCAAGACGGAGAGGGAGACCACCCAAGAAUAAACGACCAGCCUUAGACAUUCCUCCACCCCUACAAGUGGAGGAGACGCCUGAUGAUCAGGCUCUAGAUGGGGAACCAGAAGAUAAAGCAUACAUGGAACAAGUCAUGGACGAUGAUGAAGACGAGGAAAAGACAACUACAGAAAUGUUAGAUGAAAUAUUGGGAGCAGAUGAAGAUUAUCCUGAACCUAUGCCACGAAGACGUGGUCGUAAAAAAGGAAGGAUUCCCCGUGGACCAAGGGCAUCUAGACGGGAACCAAUGCAAUGUCCCCAUUGCACAGAAACAUUUACAAAAGAAGCAUUGUUUGUAAUACAUGUGUCUGACCAUACUGGAGUCAAACCAUUUAUUUGCGAAGUAGCUGAAUGUUCUAAAGGAUUUAUGUCCAAAUUUAAAUUAGAAAGACAUCGCUUGAUUCAUACAUGUCCCCGUCAUCACAAGUGUCCUUAUUGUGACAAGUCAUUCAAUCGUAAAGAUCACCUGAAAAAUCACAUGAUUACUCACGACCCAAAUAAGAAAAGAUGGGUGUGUGAAGAGUGUGGCAAGGAGUAUUCUUACAACUUUUCCUACAGAACUCACAAGGCAUUUCACGAUGCUGAUGCAGGAAGGUCUACAGAGUGUGGAAUCUGUCACAAGCAGCAUGAGACAAGGGAAGAACUAUUGUAUCAUUUGAAAGUACAUAGUGGUGCCCGGUCAGUGAAAAAUUGUACAGAAAAAAUACAUGCUUGCCCUGAAUGUGGAAAGAAGUUUUAUACAAGGAAAGAUGUGAGAAGACACAUGAUUACACAUACAAAGAAAAAAGACUUUCUAUGUCAAUACUGUCCACAGAGAUUUGGACGUAAGGAUCACCUGACUCGUCAUUUGAGAUCAUCUCAUAGUGGAGACAAUGCUAAUAAACCUCCUAGAGCACCUAGAGGGGAGAGGAAGGAAAAACUGAAGGAGUAUGAAAAAGUUAGUGCUGCAGUGUUUCAAGCUCUUAAUAUUCCCAGGGAAGACCCAACAGUGCUGGUCACAUCACAACCAAACAUUAAUAGCAUUUAUCAUACCAUGCAAACAGCUGAUGGACGUGAAUUAGCUGUUCCUAUUCAAUUGUAUGAAAAUAAUGCUCAGUCAGUGAUUAAUAUGUCAAACAUGCAGAACAUACAUCAACAGCAACACAUACCUGCUCAAAUGCAAAGUAUGCAGGUAACUUCUAUUGGAUCACAGAUGCAGUUAACAGAUCAGAGAUACAUAGAUGUCAGUGGGGGUGCCAUACGUCACCAACAGCAAGCUAUGGAUCCAAACGCCCAAACUAACGAGUACCGACAACAUCAGGUGCAAACACAUGGCACAAUGUACCUAACAAACCAACAGCAACCGGCACAACAACAAAUUAUAAACAAAGAUGUUAAUUUAGAUAUGAUUAGAACAAAUGGUGUCAUACCGGCUGAAUACCAAGUGAACCGUGACCAGACCAAUCGACCAACCGUUGUGCAGACAAAUGAUAAUAGACAACAAUCUCAGACAUUUUCCACACUAUUAGGAUACAUGGAGACUUUAAGAUUUUUAGAGAAUCUACCGACCACUGCCCAAGGUGGUGUUAUAGCUCAGAUAGAAGGGGGACCCCCUACUAUGGUUCCUAUUCAGUCAUCAGCAUAUGCAGGUAAUGCUCCACUUAAUAUGAGCCAUCAAAAUGAAAUGCAGAAACGUAUACAGAUACCUGUGUCACAACAAAUUAUUCAACAACAGCAACAACAGCAACAGCAACAUACUUAUCAACCACAGACAUAAAAUAAUUAUCAGUAUCGUAACAUCAAAUUAUGGUUAUGAUUCAUAUGUCACUAUUUAACAUGUUUAAUAGAAUCAAAUGUCUCGAUUUAAAGGUUAUGAUUUUCCAUGAUGUUGGAGAAUUUUAGUAUUUUUGUUUUGUUUGCCUAUUUUAAGAUAUCAGAGAGAGAAUCGUUUAACUUUUGCAGUUUCACUUUAUAUAUAUGAUUAUCAUGAUCAUUUUACUCAAAAUUUCUUUUUUCUCUGAAACUGUCAGUAAAUGAAAUAUAGCUUUUUAUACAGAAGUUCUACUUGUAAUCAGAUGUUUUAAUAGAUAAAUUCCUCAUGAGGUCAACAGUUCCCAUUUUAUAAUAUUUUAAAUGAUUUUAGUCAGCUUUUUGUUUCUAAAAUUGUUAGUGCCUUAAAACCACAUGUUUUGUUGGAAAAUGUUUUUUAUAUUGGUUUUCACUUUAUAUACUUGAAAAAUCCUUAAUUUUUUUACAUGCAAACGUCACAACAUUGUCAAAGUUGAAUAUAAAUACACAUGUAUAUUUCCACAGUUCAUGGAAUAUUACUGUUCAAUUAUUAUUGUUUAUUCAUUUAAUUGUUUUUUUGAUAUUUUAACUCAAAUCAUACAUGCAACUGUCUUGCAAGUACUGCAAAUUCAGAAAUUAUUGGGUACACUUAUUAUUGUGAUUUUGUCAUUUUAGACUAAACUGCGAUUUAAAUUUUUCUAAAUAUCUCAAAAGUUAAAAUGAUUUUAACUUUUGAGAUAUUAAGAAAAAUCUUGUUUAAUUCAUUUAAAGAAUUUCUAACUACAAGUUUAAAUUAGUGUGAUUAUAACCCUGUCAAUUUUUUUGCAAUAAUAAAAACCUCGCAAUAAUUUCUAAAUUUACAGUAUUUUAAUUUUAUCAGAAGCUGUUUUAAAAUGUAUUACAUUAUGAAAACAAAUUUUCUUAAGUGGAAAUUUUGGUCAAUCUAGUUGUGAAGGCUAAGACUUCUGAUAUUUCCUAAACAAGCAACAUAACUUGAGAAAUAUCAAUAUAAUACAGUGUUUUGAAGCUAAGGUAAAAAAUCAAAUUAAACUCUAUUGUAUUAAACCAAAUAAGUAAACACAUGUAUGAUAUUUGGUGUGAGAUUAUUAUAUUUUCCAUGUAUAAGUAACUCUAAUAACAAUUUAUCCCUGCAGUCAGCUCAUUUAGAUGCAUGGCUGUAGUUGAUAUAUAUAGAAUGAUAGGUAGUUGAGUUUUUGAUACUGACUAUAUCAUGUGGAAUAUCUAGACGAGCCCGUUAGGGCAAGUUAAGAUAUUCCACAUGAUAUAGUCAGUGUCAUAAACUCAACUACCUAUUAUUCUGUUUAUCGGUAAUUAUGACGUCAAUCAAUGUUAUGACGUCACACAAUGUAUUGCCUAAUAUUUUCAGUUAUACAGCCAGUACGUUGAUACUCGAAAAUAUUAGGCAAGAUCAAAGGGAAAAUAUAUGAAUUACCGAUAUUGGACUUUAUCAGCUGCAAGGUUGUGGUUGGUAUAUGACUGCUUGUUCAAAGGUUUUUUAAAACAAAUCGUCAUUUGAAUUGUACACAUUAAAGUCUACAUUCAAAUCAAAUUAUUUAUUGUCUAGACUUGAUAGAUUUUCAAGAUGGUAUAAGUUAGCUUGAUUAGAUGGUUGGAUUUUUUAAUCUUAACAAAAUACCAGACCAUUGUUUAAUACUACAUCACAAUGUAAUGUACAGUGAUCAUAUAUUAACAUUUAAAUAUUUGUGCCAUAAAGGGGUGAUCAUUCAUCAUUUAUAUUCAUUUAAAAUCAGUCCUUUAACUUAGACUACUAUCCCUUUUUUUUUAUCCACUUGUGUCAAAUAGUAUAUUCAUCAAGGCUAUGUACAAAUUGCAAUUUUUCAUUUAUCUAUUUAUUUUGUAAUGAAUCAAUGAAAAAACAUAGCUAAUUAUCUUUUUGAAUCGAGAAAAUUGUCAACUUACUACUGCUGAAUUUUGUUGAUUUUUUUUUGGUCGGAAAAUUUCAAUUAUUUAAUCUGGUUAUGUGUUGUUAUCAAUGUAAUAGAUUGUGAUCAGUUUAAAAGAGGAAACACUUAUGAUAAGCAGUGGCGGAUCCAGAAACUUUCAUAAGUAGGGGCCCACUGACAGCUUAAGCUGGGGCCUGCUCCAAUUAUGGUUCAGUGAUUCCCUAUAUAAUCAAACAUUUUUCUUCAAAAGAGGGGCCUGGGCCCUUGAAAAACCUUCUAAAUCCACCUCUGGUACGUCAAUGAUAAUUGGUUGGAAUGCAGCUGCAUUGUCUCAUUUUAUUUCCAUUGAGAAGAUACUACCUUGAACCUUCAGCAUGUUCAGUCACACUUCAUUGACUUUGAUGUUUUGUAUUGUUUACAUUUAGUAUUGCAAAUUAAUUUCAACAUUUUCAUGCUAUCAAAACUAAACAAAAGUGAGACCUAUAUAUAUAUAUAUAUAUAUAUAUAUAACUCGUCUAAACGUCACCCCAACAAUGUUAGAUCUGUAAAUUUGCUAUAUAUUUGUCAACAUUAGUUAAUUAAACUUAUUCUUGCAUACAUUUUUUUUGUAAUUUACAAAAUGAAGAAAAGUCAAAUUUGAAAAGAAAGCACUAUUGAGAUAUGAUUUUUAGUUUGGACUAAAGGUUAACAUGUUGUACAUGUAUCUAUAGACACUAUUGUAAGAGACUACAUGUUUUCCUCUAAAUAUUUUUGCUAUUUUUGUUUCUGGAUUGCUAUCUCAUUACAUUUAAAUCAGGUCUCCUUUCUAUAAGAAUAGAAAUUUAUAAAUAAAAUAUAUUUUUACUUGAUUUCGUAUUUGCAUUUAUCCAGACUCUAAUUCAUUUCUGAGUUUAUGGAACACCAUUUAUUUAGAAUGGCAGUUCUGAUUCAUUUCAAAUGCUGUUUUGAUGAUUUGAUGAAAAAAUGUGACUUUGAAAAGGGGACAGUUUAUCUGAAUUUUUUUUCUAAAAGUUUAUUCAUUUAUAUUCAACUGACAUAUUUUACCAUUUACAUUUAUAUAGCUCUUGAACAUAAAAUGAUGAUUUAGCAUAUUCCUCAAUUUCUAUUUAGGUAAAUCUUGCGACUAGAUUUUUUGUAUAUUUGCCAUCAUGGCCAUAAUAGUUUAAAUGUACUUCUCGUCACAUCAUGAAAAGGAUUGAAAGUUUGGUAAAUAUUUUUGUCUGGUGAUGGUUAUACAUGGCUGCUUUGUAUGAUAUAUACAUGGGGCAUAGGUGCUUUAAUACAUCUCUCAUUCAAACAUUGUUAUAGGCAACAUUUACAUCCUCAUCCUUUUACAAAGGGUUUUAAAUGGGUCACAUCUUUUUAUAUCGAAUUAAUAUGAUAAUUUAUUUUUUCAAUUUCUUCAGUCAGUUGUUAGAAAAUGAUUCCUUAAGAAGUGCUGUAUUAAAAAUGAAAUGUAAGGGCAAUAUAUGAUUGAUAAGACAUAAUAAAUAAAGCAUAGGAUAUGUCAAUUUUAUAUAGGUUGUUUUUUGUUUGAAAUGUUUGUUAUUGAUAACCUGGUAGUCUGUAUAAAUAAAAACUGUUUUCUUUUGACUCCUAUACUUAUAAUGAUUGGAUGAAAUUGUUACCGUGUACAAAUGUAGAUAAUGUAGACAAUAUUGUGUUUGCAUUUAAAGUUACAUAUUAUUAGAAUGUGCUAAAUGUGAAUAUCAGAUUUUAUUGUGAAAUUACAGCUUUAAAUUAUGUAUAAAAUUUGAUAAUUAAGACUUUUAAAGACAUUAUUCAUCUUAUCUUGUUAGAUGUGAUCAUCUUUAGUCAUGCUUGAAAAUAAAAUAAAAAACUGGAGUAAAUUCUUGUA